CUUCCUCCGCGUGAUUUCACAGCUCAGACUCACCUGUUGACGCCGACGAUUCGCUCAUACAGACCUGUCAGUUCUCAGGAGAGGGUUUCAAACAAACCGGGGACGUUAACGAGAAGAGAAAACAGCUAAAAAGUUGCGUUUGGCUUCGCAACCAACAUCAGAGACGGGGAGUUGUUUUUGAGUCAGUGUUUGAAAAUGAAGCAGCUUUAAAAGAUCGCUUCGCUACACGGUUUUUUCCUCGCCUGUGAACAAGAGGAGCGUCAUCUCCAGGCGUUUAAAUGGAAACGCGUUUUCCAGGCUUUAAAGAUGCCCCAACAUAAUAUGGAAAACUCCAGGAGCCAGUGGCAGCAGGGUCUGCGGCAACCAUGGAUCACCAGAGUGGCUGAAGGUCAGAGUCCCGCCUCCUCGGGGGCAGAGUCUGACACAGAGAGCAGCAGUACGGAGAGCGAGAAGUCUUGCCUUAAAAAGCCAGAGGUGAGAUCAUUGAGGGUCCUUCCAUCACCUUCAAUGCUUCAACACUGCAUUACAGAGAUCAAUCAGCAAAAGGAAGAACUGAAGAUUGAGCUGCAGCUGGAGAUCGCCUUGCUGCAGGGUGAACUGCAGACAGAGAAGAAGCAGCUGCACCGACACAUGCAGAAGCUGCUGGCUCUACAACAACAAGCCAGAGAAAGAGUGAAGCACAAACAUUCUGACAGACAUAAGGAGCGAGAGAGUUUGGAAGAGGAGAGGCACAGGGUGGAAGAGCUGAAGAGGAGGUGUGAGGAACAAGAGAAACUGAUCCCGAGUCAGCCAGAAAGCCAAAGACAGCAGUUAAUUCUGCAGCUGCGGCAGCAGAAGGAGGCGAUGGAGGCGGCUGUCCGGGCUUUUGAGGACUGGGAGUUUCGUGUUUUGGAGCAAGAGAGCGGCAUUGCCGACGAGGUUGAGGACAGAGAGGACAAGCCGAAGGAGGGAGAGAGUGAGGGGGAGGUGAAGAAGGAAAUCUCCCGUCAGCAGCAUGUGGUCAACAUGGCGCAGGAACGAGUCCAGCAGUUUGAGAAACAGCUGAAAGAGAUGGAGAAGGAGAAAGAAAGAGAGCUGAAUGCAUUGAGGAAGGAGAAAAGAGAGCUCAUCCAUGCAACUCAAAUGGUUCCUAAAGAGAAGAAGCCGCUCACUGAUUGGUCGAACUUCACCAGCUCGGUUCCCUGCAUGAUGUCCCUCUCUCCUUUGACAGUUCACAAGCCUCCACAGGAACCGUCCAAAGAAGCUGCCAGUUUGCCCAGAAGACGAAGCUCGCAUCGCAACAACAGACUUUCUGACAGGCCACUUUCAGUGCAGGGUUUGGUGAGGACUCUUCCAGACAGCCAAACUACAGAGGCUUACACUUCCCCCAUCAGCUCCCACAGACUCAGCAAUGGGCACAGACUGGGAAGCAGCAAUGGUGGCGGGCUGCUUACUCCGUGCAACAGUGAAGCAAACUCUCGUGCUGUGAGCCCGUGCCUUUUGGAUCUUGUGGAGAUCGAGAAGAAGCUGAGGGAUGCCAAAGCAGAAAGAGAAAGGCUUCUCAGAGUGAGAGCAGAGAGACAGCAGUUGUUGUUGGAAGAGAGAAGCCAAGGGCAGCUAAACUCAUCCAGAGAAGAACCACCAGAACCACAACCCCAACAAAGAUCAGAGCCAGAAGCAAGUGAAGCAAUACAAGUAUUUUCACCCCCAACUUCAGAGAAGCACAGCCUGCCCCUUUUCCUUACUCCAAACUUUGACCUUCGGGCCCACGUGGAGUCGCUGGGUCAUGGGGUUGCCAGCUGCAUGGACCUGCGGCUCACACCUCGACGGUGUGCAGGCUUUCUGACGAAACGAGGGGGAAGGGUUAAGACCUGGAAGAAGAGAUGGUUCCUGUUUGACAUAGACCACAAACGACUGGCCUACUAUACAGACUGUGAUGAGAGGAAGCUAAAGGGGGUCAUGUACUUUCAGGCUAUUGAAGAAGUUUACUAUGACCAUCUACGAACAGCUACCUCUUCUCCUCGGCCCAGCCUCACGUUCUGUGUGAAGACGUAUGAUCGGCUGUUCUUCCUGGUGGCUUCCAACGCUGUGUCCAUGCGGAUCUGGAUGGAUGUCAUUGUCACUGCAACAGACGAGCACAGCCGCUAUUGACCUUAUAUGACCGCGAAGUGAAGCUACUGAGCAGACUCAGCUGUGGGGAUUUCCCCUUUCUUAUCUGGGCAGCAUAUUUGCUACAAUUGUGUCUUAGGGAAUUCAGGGGACUGAAUAAUUA